AUGUUCGCAUACAACAAGCGCAGCAUAUCGGAGGAGGAUCCCGACUGCCCCAGAGGUGGCACCACGGACGCCCAGGAAGAAUUCGUUCUCGAGGCUGCAUGGACGGCCCUUUUGAAGCAGAUUGGCAGAAGCAUAGACGGGAUCCAAACGGACGUUGACCUGGAAUGUCUAUCGGUCUUCGAACAGCGCCUGUUUGAGAAGUUGGCUCAGUCGUGCUCUGCAGGAAACUAUCAGUGGGGCCUAGAUGACGGGAACCAUCAACAUGGUUGGGACUCAUAUGCUGGGUUUCCAUCCCACUAG